AACGCUGAGCUGAAGCCAUCACAGGAGAGAAAACAGGAACAUUGACAUGGCCAGCAAGGGCAAACAGUGGGUUCUCCUGGCCGGAGGUUCUAAAGGUUGGGAAGACUAUGAUGUCCAGGCCAACGUGUGCCACGCUUACCAUGUCGCACACCAGAAUGGCGUUCCAGAUGAGCAGAUUGUGGUGAUGAUGUAUGAUGAUAUAGCUUAUAAUGAACAAAAUCCCAUUCCUGGAAACAUUAUCAACGUACCAAAUGGCCCAAAUGUUUACCCUGGAGUUCUAAAGGACUACACUGGAGAGGAGGUAUCAGCUGAAAACUUUCUGGCUGUACUGUGUGGAGAUUCGGCUGCUGUCAAGAAAACAGGACCAAAAAAAGUAAUACAAAGUGGUGAAAAUGAUUCUAUCUUCAUCUACUUAUCAGACCAUGGAAAUACAGGAAUCUUUCACUUUCCUAAUUCCACACUUUAUGCACACGAUCUCAUUAACACAGUGAAAGCGAUGUCAAAGAGUCACAAAUUUUCAAAGAUGGUCAUUUAUUUGGAAGCGUGUUGUUCUGGAUCGAUGCUGGAUCAGUUGUCUGACAGCAACGUGUAUGCAGUUUCUUCAUGCAAGCCUGAUGAAUAUACCUAUGCUUGUUUCUUCGACAAGAAAAGAAACACCUUUCUUUCUGAUAUCUUCACUUUUAACUGGCUUCAUCACAUGGACACAGUAAAACUUACUGUGACUUCGUUUGGAGAGCAGUUUUCCUACCUGUUGAAAAACGUGAGUGAGGAUGCAAGGAAGGCAGGAGUGACUGAGACACCAUGUAACUAUGGAGACAAGGGCAUGCUGAAGUUAAUGUUGAGUGAAUUAUUUGGAGAAUCCCCCGUCUCUGUCAGAGAGGCCUACACGUCCCAGCCCCUGAAAGUUCAAGUGUCCGAUGUGGUAGACACUACAGAAGUUCCACUGAUAAUCCAAGAAAACAGGAUUAAAAAGGAAAAGGACCUGGAAAAAAGACAGGCCCUGGAAAAACAAUAUGAAAAUCUUAAAUGUAAGAGGAAGACAAUGGAUGAAGCGCUGCAGAAGAUUGUUGAACGCGCAAACGCUUCACAAGCUCUGACUGGAAAACGUGAGGUGACUCGCACGUACGAACUCAAAGUCGUCGCUGAGCAUUUUAGGAAAAAUCUCUUCAACUGGGAAAAGGAACCGUUUGUUGUCACUCGGCAACACCUGCAGGUUUUAGUGAAUCUGUGUGAGUGUGGGUUGGAGGUUGAGAGCAUCACUGAAGCCAUCAGUACAGUAAGCCAGGAGAUUACGUUCUGAAGAAUUCACACACGGCUUCACAAUCAUCAUAAUCUCUUUAACAGCAAUAUUUUAACUUUUCCUGCUUUUUUUUUUAGUUUUGUUAUUGGUGAACCAAAAAUGAUCAUGAUGUAUUUGUGAUGGAAAAAUUGAUCAACCUUUUAAGCUUGUUUACUGCAACUAAAAUCACAUAAUCACAAAGCCUCUCAGAGACCAUAAUAAAGAACU